UAGCCAUGGCAUUGCUGCCAUCCAAUUCUCUAGUGUUUACGGUCCGUAGGCAUGAACCUGAGCUAGUGUUCCCAGCUAAGCCAACCCCUCGUGAGUGUAAAUUACUCUCGGACAUUGAUGACCAAGAAGGUCACCGAUUCCAAAUUCGAGGGAUGCAUUUUAAUCGGUACAACUCCUCCAUGCAAGGCAAAGACCCUGCCAAGGUUAUAAAGGAGGCACUGGCUCAAACCCUAGUGUUUUAUUAUCCAUUGGCUGGUAGACUAAGGGAAGGGCCAAACCGAAAGUUGACGGUUGAUUGUACUGGAGAAGGUGUCUUGUUUACUGAGGCUGAUGCUGAUGUUACGCUUGAAGAAUUUGGUGAUGUUGUUUACCCACCGUUUCCAUGUUCGGACGAACUUCUUUAUGAUGUCCCUGGCUCUAACGAAAUUCUAAAUUGUCCAUUGCUGCUAAUUCAGGUGACGCGCUUGAAAUGUGGGAGUUUCAUCUUCGCUCACAGGUUUAACCACACAAUGAGUGAUGGUGCUGGCCUAUCCCAAUUCAUGUCUGCUAUGGGAGAGAUAGCACGAGGUGCGCUUGCUCCCUCAACCCCACCGGUUUGGGAAAGGCACCUCCUGAAUGCUCGGGACUCACCACUCAUAACAUGUUUACACGACGAGUACGAUUCGGUUGGCACAUAUGGUACAAUUAUUCCAACAGACAACUUGGUUCGCCGCUCUUUUUUCUUCGGACCAACUCAAAUUUCAGCUCUUCGUAGAUUUGUCCCUGCAAACCUCCGCUGUUCAACAUUUGAUAUCUUAUCUGCAUGCGUUUGGCGUUGUCGUACACAAGCCUUGGGACUUGACCCUGACGAACAUAUUCGCCUUAUCUGCAUCGGUAAUGCUCGGUCCAAGUUUAAUCCUCCCUUGCCAUUAGGAUAUUAUGGGAAUGCACUUGGUAACCCAGCGGCUUCAACAACUGCAGGAAAGCUGUGCCAAAAUCCAUUAGAAUAUGCGUUAAAGCUAGUGAAAGAGGCCAAGACAAGGGUUACGGAAGAGUACAUGAAAUCAACGGCAGAUUUACUCGUGCUUAGAGGUCGGCCAAAUGUUAACUUGGUUGGGUCUUUCCUAGUGUCAGAUUUAACACGUGCCAAGUUCUUACAAGUUGAUUUUGGGUGGGGGGAGGCAGCCUUUUUUGGACCGGCCACUAGUUGGGAGCUAAUAAGCUUUCAUAUGCCGUCGAAGAAUGAGAAAGGAGAGGACGGCAUUGUGGUGCCGGUUAGCUUGCCAGCCCCAGCUAUGAAAAGCUUUGUGAAGGAGCUGGAUGGCUUGUUGAAGGAUGAGACAGCAACUGUUGGUGCAUGACGGUAACAUAUUUUAACUAAUUUUAACCAUAUUGGAUCAUUUGUAAAAUAAAUGCAUAACAACAGUUUACGCGAUUUAGUCACACUCGUUUGCUCUCAUGUCAAGUAGUUUAUACCAAACA